UUAACUCCCACAACAGCGCCACCCUCAGGACGCUUGUCUUUGUACUGUGUCCUGCACGUUGUGACUUGUGCUCACAUACAGUUGUCUAUUGAAUGAGUUACAUUUUAUGUACGUUGACACUGAUUAUCAGAGUAUAUGAAACAUUAUAAAAUGAUUACCGGUUACUCACCAGCUAUUGUACUCGACACGUUCGCUCGCAAGUCCCUACUAAAGUAGCUGAUCUUUAGUUUUCCUGUUUUCUUUUAUAAGGUCUAAAUGCAAAAUCAGAGAAUUUUGUUAGUACAUUUAUAAUUAAAACGAGUGUACUUAGAGGUAUUUAAAGCUUUUUGGGGUUGUAACCUUUUCUGGAAAAAAACAGCCUUCGUUUGUAUCUUACAUGCACCCUAUUUAUUAAUAGCUAGCAGAUAGGGAUACUUUUACUGGCCAGUCUGCAAGACUACAAAUAUAUUUUGUUUGGUUACGCUUGGAAAAUUUGCCAGCAUUUGGAAAAGCUUUUCUUGUAAUAAUCACAUCCAGCAGGGAUUGAGUGGCAGGCAUUUUUACCAGCCUGGCCGGUAAAUAUUAUGGUUCUUAUGGUUCAUCAAAAAAGAUGGUAUUUUUUCCAGAAAAGGUGGAAUGCCUAACUGACAUUUCAAGUAUACAAAGUAAACAAAGGCCCAAACAGCCCCCACAGGGCCAAUAAACAGAGACUGUUUAUGCCAUUUUAUAGCAGCCCCAUAGCUGUUACCCCUGCCUAUUUUAUCAGGAGCAGAUUACGCACUCUCCUGCAUGUAAUGUCACUUCCACUGAUGUCACCUCUACUUAUGUCAUACACCCAAACAUUUUUAUACUGUGCACUGGCAGGCCCGGAUUUGUGGAAAGGCCACCUAGGCCCGGGCCUUGGGCGGCAGGAUUUUAUAGGGGCGGCAUGCUGCUCAACCACACUGGUUCAAAAACACUGGGGAUGCACAGGAGAUACAAUCUCCAUGAAGAUUUGCACGAAUAAAGGGAAUGGGACAGGGGCGACGAACGCCAGGGGGCCUAGGGGCGCCCGCUAUGUAAAUCCGGCCCUGUAAUAAUCUGUUUAUUCCUCUUGCUAUAGACAAAGAUCUUCCAUUUGGGCAAAUAGGGAGAGGCUGGUGUAAUGUAUUUUCAUGGAGAUGUUUCAGCACGUUAUUUGGGAAAGGGGUAGAAAUGAGAGGCAACUGGGAGAGAAAGUGCCUGUGGGUAUUAGUUGUGCAAAAUAUUAAUUCAGUAAAUAGCACCCAAUGAUCUCUUUAUUGGGCAAAAUUCUUUGAACUUUCCUUAAAUGUACUCACUGUUAUUCUCUUAAAAUAAUUAGUAAUGAUCAUUAAAUCUGUAACACCGUUGGUAGGUUAAAUGUAUGGAAAGGUGAGUUGCACUGCAGGAAUGGUGGGAGUGGCAUGCCAGUUGGUUUCUAUGGUUACAUUGUUUACCCUAAGGUACAUGAAAAGUUGUUGAUCUGCAGAUCAUUUUCAUCUGGCUUCCUAUUGGCUGAUAAUACAGAGAGCAUUGUGAUGUCAUACAGAGUGCAUUGUGAUGUCAUAGAGAGGAGAAUAAAGAGAGCAUUGUGAUGUCAUAAAGAGGAGAGUUGUUUACUGAUGUUACUCACUCACUUUGUCAUAAAACCUACGAGCGCUGGUGGUGACACAUCAGAGACUCAGUCUUAUCGCUUUUUGUAUAUUUCUUAUUUUUUAUCGUUAUUUCGCUUUUUGCAUUUUUUUUAUUUUUUAUCGUUAUUUAGUUUUUUGUAGUUUUUCUUAUUUUUUAUCGUUAUUUCAAAACUAUAAUUAUGUCAAAAGAAGAGAAGGAUACUAAGAUAACAAUUAAUGAAACAGAAGAAGAAGAAGAUGACCAUUCUGGCGAGAGGAAGGCCGGCUGGGUCCUGCCUAUAUUCAUCAUUGGACUCCUUGCUACCUGCUAUUAUAUAUUUGUGGUGGAGCUGUGCAUAUUCACUGUACAGUUAUUAGAGGCAAAGGUGACUUUCCUGGUGAUUUUCCACCUUUUGUUCCUCCUGUGCGUGUGGUGCUAUCUCCGGACUGUUAUGACGCCUCCCGCUGUCCCUCCUGCAAAAUUCCGCCUAUCGGAAUCUGACAAGCAGCUGUACCUGAGUGAUGAGAGGCCACAAGUGCUGCAGGAGAUCCUCAUUUGUGCGGCUAAAGACUUGCCUAUUUAUACUAAGGAUCCAAAAGGAGAUGUUCGGUACUGUACCACAUGCCAAGUGUUAAAGCCAGACAGGUGCCACCAUUGCCCAGUGUGUAACGUCUGUAUACUGAAACUGGAUCAUCACUGCGUAUUUCUAAACAACUGUGUGGGAUUCUCCAACUACAAGUUCUUCCUCCUGUGCGUGACGUAUGCAUUGCUAUUGUGCAUAUUCACUAGUGCAGUGUCGCUUCAUUUCUCCAAACUAUUCUGGACUCAUCAGCUGCCCAACAGCCCCUCCAAAGUCCCCAUCAUUGUGCUGUUUUGCCUGAGCACAUUCUUCUCUAUAAUCCUAUUUCUAUUUGGCCUUGGUCAUUCUGAACUGGCUUUAACAAAUGUAACUUCUAGAGAGGAUAAUGAUGACACAUCUGAUGACACAACUGAGGAGAAUAAUCCCUAUAAUUUGGGCUUCGGCAAGAAUCUGAGAGAAGUGUUUGGCAAUGAAAAGAAAUACUGGUUCCUCCCAAUCUUCAGAAGCUUAGGAGAUGGCUUCUCAUUCCCAAUGGGUGAGGCUACAGAAGACAUAGAGAAAAAUGCUGCUUUUGCCAAACCCCCAAAUGAGGGAAUAUAGGGUUAUAGAAGAUAACUUAUAAUACAAGUUGACCAGGACUGGUGCGAUUGCCAUUUUGGAGUCAGGAAGGAAUUCCCCCUCCCCCCCAGAAUAUGAUAUUGUUUUAUUAUUAUUAUUACAAAAUGUUUUAAUAAAAGUACUUUAUAUGUAACUGUAUCAUGUCAGUGUUUUUCUUUUAAUAUACCCAGGCACUAGAAGAUUGCCAUAGGACAUUUAGUAGUUUUGAGAAAGGGCAAUGACAUUUCUAAAAUGCAAAAAUUGAGCCUGGGAGUUGUCUCUGGUAUAAAGUAUAAAGAGUGGCAUUUACUGUGAGGGUAUACCCGCGGGUCGGGCAGGGUUCAGGCAGGGUUCUGCAUCAAAUCUUUGGGUCGACCUAACAAUUCUGGUUCCUCCAUUUAUAGAUUUCUGCCGGCUCUGCCCCUUUAGUGACGUCACUGCGGGCGGGCGCCAAGCCAGGUUGGGUGAGGGCGGGUUAGGGUUGGGUGUAUGUCCAAAAAAUCUGGACCUGCAUAUCACUAAUUCUCACCUGUUGUUGGCCUAGAAUUCUACUACAGAGUUUAUACUAAUUGGUUAACUCAUAGGGACAAGCUGUCACUCACAGGUUUAUAUAAUAAUCUGUUUAUUCCUCUUGCUAUAGACAAAGCUCUUCCAUUUGGGAAAAUAAGAUUUUGUGGACUCACCAUUAAAUCUCUUUCUCUCCAGUCGCUUGGGGGACACAGGAACAAUGGGGUAUAGCUUGCACCACCAGGAGGCAGGACACAAUAAAA